AUGGUCGGAAUAUUGUUCAUAGGACUAGUUUUAUGGACGUUGUUGCUGUGGAAAGUGGGAAAUGCUUACAAUGGAUUCUUGGAAUCUAGGAGGAUAGCACAGAAAACUGGAUUUCCGGUUAUUGAGACGCCUCUUGCGCCAAUUGGAUUAAAGAACAUUUUGACGUUGAAAUUUAUUAUUCCAAUUCUGAGGAGAGUACCUUGGACGAGGCAUUGGGGAUGGCUAUGCAUAGCCAACCACCGCAACUCCUUCCUCAAUCUCCGCUCUUCCUAUGAUCUCCAUGGAGACACCUACAUAUUCGCGGCCUCGAACCUCAAUCUCUUACGCACGACAAACGCAGGGUUGAUAGCGCAAUUUACAACGCGAAAAAAUGAUUUCGUUAAACCUUUGAAGAAUUAUAAGGUGUUGGAAUUUUUCGGGAAGAACAUUGUGACAAUUGAGGGAGAGGAAUGGAGGAGACACAAGAGGGUAGUAGGGAAGAGCUUUGGUGAAAAAAGUAUAAAUUUAGUUUGGGCAGAGAGUAUUAGACAAGCGGAGGGGAUGAUUAGAAUUUGGGGGAGGAGGGGUAGAAGUAGCGAGAAGGGUGAUGAGGAGAUGAGAGUAGAAGAUGCGGGGAGUGAUACGGCAAUUCUAAGUUUGCAUGUCAUUUGCGCUGUAGGAUUUGGAGUACCACAGUUGUGGGAAGGAGAAGAGGAAGAAUAUAUGGGUAAUGGGAAUUUGAAGAUUGAAGGGGGAGAGAUGCCGAAUUUGGGUUUGAGUAAACCGGUUGGAGAUCAUUCGUUGGGAUUCAAAGAUUGCAUUAAUACUGUUUUGGGUAGUCUUCUUCUCAUGUUAUGGCCGCAAUGGAUGUUGAAAAUUUCACCUAUAAAGCGUCAUGGAAAAGUGUACAAGGCGUUUAAAGAAACAAAUCAAUACGUUACCGGAUUACUCGAGCACAAAAAGAAACAAAUAUCAGCUGGAGAUGAUGACAAAUUUACCAUGGAUUUAAUGGGGAAUAUGCUCAAAGCAUCCACUGAGACUCUGAACUCCCCUAAGAACCCCGUGGUAUCAAAUAAAAACGAAGACUUGCCCCUCAGCGAAGCCGAAAUAAAAUCAAAUGCCUUUAUUUUUCUCCUCGCGGGUCAUGAGACAACUGCAUCCAGCAUCCAGCUUUGUUUUGUCUACCUCGCCAUUUCCAUCUUGUCUCAGACAUCUAUGCAAGCUGAUAUCGACUUGAUUGUCGGCUCAAAGAAACCACAGAAUUGGACAUAUGCGAGUGAUUUUCCAAAAUUGUACAAUAGCAUGGUAGGAGCGGUGCUGAAUGAAGAAUUGAGAUUGAUGCCGAUAGCGGAGACAAUCCCUAAGAUUACUGUAGGUGAACAGAAGGUUAUAGUUGAUGGAGUGGAGAAAGUGGUGCCGGAAGGAUGUUAUAUUCAUUUGAAUACUGUAGGGACACACAGGAAUCCGAGGUAUUGGCCUCAUAGGGUUUCUGAGGAAGGAAGCACGGAUCUGAAUGAUUUUGUACCGGAAAGAUGGAUUGUCGAGAAAGUGGAAGAGCGCGAUGAGAUGACACAUGCGGACGAGGAUGAAGAGGAUUCGGUAAGAGAUGGAUUUGACAAUGACAGCUCUACAUUGUUCAAGCCAGUCAAAGGAGCAUUCAUACCUUUUAGCGAGGGACCACGCGCUUGUCCGGGCAAGAAAUUCGCCCAGGUGGAAAUGAUUGCUGUUUUGACUGUGAUAUUUCAGAAAUAUAGUGUGGAGUUGGAUGUAUCUAGAUGGGCGAGUGAUGAGGAAGUACAGAGUAUGAAUGAUGAAGAGAGGAGGGAAGUUUAUGAAAAAGCUAUUAGAGAAACAAAGGAGGUACUUGGAAGAUGCAAUCAAGCGCAAAUAGUGCUGAAGAUGGCGAAAGAGGAUAAAGUGCCGUUAAGAUUUGUGGAAAGGGGAAAGGAGAGAUUCCGUGGCUUGUAA